AUGGCAAUGGUGAAGGAGAUUCUCCGAUCCAGAAACAUCUUGCUCGUUGUUCUCAUUCCACUUCUGCUGCUUCCGCUGCCACUUUCGUACCCCUGCAGCGAAGCCUCAUGUGCUUACGUGUUGAUUGUGACAGCUGUAUACUGGGUUUCCGAAGCAGUACCUCUUGGUGCAGCAGCCUUAAUUCCUGCUUUCCUAUACCCACUUUUUGGAGUUAUGAAGUCCAGUGAGGUGGCUGCUGAAUAUUUCAAGAACACAACUUUGCUCCUCAUGGGUGUGAUUUGUGUGGCAGCUUCUGUAGAAAAAUGGAAUCUCCAUAAACGUAUUGCUCUGAGAAUGGUCAUGAUGGCUGGAGCAAAGCCAGGCAUGUUGCUUCUUUGCUUUAUGUGUUGCACCACGGUGCUUUCCAUGUGGCUUUCCAACACAUCCACCACAGCCAUGGUGAUGCCAAUUGUGGAGGCAGUGCUCCAGGAGCUAGUGAAUGCUGAGGAGGAGCGUGAUGUCAUCAGUACUGCAGGCAGCACCAUUAUUGAAGAAAACAAGCCAAUAGGUCUCAACGAAAAGCAUGACCAACCUUCACUGGAGCUUAUCUUCAUCAAUGAGGAUGCUACUACUACUGACUUCAGCUCCUUGAUGCAUUCAAAGGCUCAGAUACUAGUCCUGCCUCCUAAGCCCUCUGAACUGGACCUGAGCACUAAGUACCGGUAUCAGUCCAGACAUGACCACAUGAUCUGCAAAUGCCUCUCACUGAGUAUCUCCUAUGCAGCAACCAUUGGAGGACUGACAACCAUCAUAGGGACUUCAACUAGCCUCAUAUUUUUAGAGCACUUCAACAACCAAUACCCAAAUGCUGAAGUGGUGAAUUUUGGAACCUGGUUUUUGUUCAGUUUCCCCAUUUCCCUCAUCAUGUUGGUCCUUACUUGGUUCUGGAUGCAUUGGCUGUUCUUGGGCUGCAAUUUUAAGGAAACCUGUUCUGUGAGCAAGAAGAGGAAAACAAAACGGGAAGAAAUGUCAGAGAGAAGAAUUCAUGAAGAAUAUAAGAAACUGGGGAAUGUCAGCUAUCCCGAGAUGGUGACUGGAUUUUUCUUCAUCCUGAUGACCUUGCUUUGGUUUACUCGUGAGCCCGGCUUUGUACCAGGCUGGUCGUCAUUUUUUGAAAAGAAAGGUUACCGGACUGAUGCCACUGUUUCUGUUUUUCUUGGUUUCCUCCUUUUCCUCAUUCCAGCAAAAAAGCCAUGUUUUGGAAAAAAAGAAAAAGAUGCUGAAAGGCCAACAAACACCAACACACUGGACCCCAUCAUCACCUGGAAGGACUUCCAGAAGACCAUGCCCUGGGAAAUUGUAGUGUUGGUUGGAGGUGGUUAUGCUUUAGCAGCUGGAUGCAAGACUUCUGGCCUCUCUACAUGGAUUGGACGCCAAAUGCUGUCCCUGAGCAGCCUUCCCUACUGGGCUGUAACUCUAUUGGCCUGUAUUUUAGUGUCCCUGGUAACAGAGUUUGUUAGCAAUCCAGCAACCAUAACCAUAUUUCUACCUAUUUUAUGCAGCAUGUCAGAAACCCUGCUUAUCAACCCUUUAUACACCCUGAUUCCUGUCACCAUGUGUAUCUCCUUUGCGGUGAUGCUGCCCGUGGGUAAUCCUCCAAAUGCCAUUGUCUUCAGUUAUGGGCAUUGCCAGAUUAAAGAUAUGGUGAUAGCUGGUCUGGGAGUAAAUCUGAUUGGUCUGGCUGUCGUCAUGGUGGCAAUCAACACGUGGGGAAUUAGACUCUUCCAGCUGAAUACUUUUCCAGAAUGGGCAGCAGUAAGCAAUGUCACUAGCCAGACAUAAUCUCCAACUAAAAAAAAUAAAAAAAAAGAAUAAAAAAAAAUAGUGCCAGACCAAAGCGAGUUCAGACAAAAUACUAAAUGUAAAUUGCACCUAUGAAAGAAAGGAGAAAAUUUGUGCAUGUGUAGAACCAAGAUCCAGGGCAAAACCACAAAGAAAACUCACUGGGAGAUCUUCUGCAUAACUCUGUUCUGAAAGGCAAUGUAAGAUAAAUGGAGAGAUUAGUUUUCCCCUAUUGUUGCUUUCCUAUAAGACUGGUGGUAUUGUACUCCAGUACAGAAUACAAGUAUACAUACACUAGUGUAUUCAAGAUUUGACUUCAAUUUUACUGCUGACACUUACAGAGAAUGAAAAGCAACUCUUCUUUCCAAACUCAGAGUUAUCUAAGCUUGCUUCAUUUGAAGGCAAAUCCUUCUUCUUCUUUUGAGCUAAAUCAUCAGUGUGUUGGAAAAAAAACUCACUCUGCCAGUUAAUCAAUAUGGCCUGGAAAGAAAUACAGCUACCAAUCUUCAGGUACAACAUUUCAAAGGGAUUUUAGAAACCACAAAACAGACAGGAAGGAGAAGUAUCCUGAUCAGGAUAAUUGUUUUGUUUGUUUGUUUAUUUUGUUUUCAACAGCACUAGUAUAAAGUUUCCAGUAUUGCAGUACUUGCAAUCCCCAAUAUAAAGCUUUGAUCAGUAUCUUCUCUCCUUAUUACUGCAGUGAGAGCUUUUUCAGAAAGGAAACUGUGACCAAAAGAACAUUACCUGGCCACCAGACCCAGUACUCUCCUCUCUUUUUUGACUCAGAUUAGAUAGUUACGCACUUACAAUUUCCCUGAAAGAGAAAGCAAGAUCUCUUCCAAGAUAGUGCUGUGCCAUGAGUAAGAAGGGAGUGUACUGAAGUGAGUUGCGCUGACAUAGCUCCUCAUCAUAUGUAUUCACUUGAACAUCACACCACCCUGCUCUCUAGCAGCCUAGGGAGCAGGAAUUUCAAUCGUGGGAAACUGUCAAGUAAAGCAGAUAAUUAGCAGACCAACAGGUCAAUCUCUUUAUCAUAUGCAAAGUGAAUGUCCUGCUUUUCUGACUGGAUUCCUGUGAUACCUAAAACCCUCUCUUGCAUUAUGUACUGUUUUAAAUCAUUUACAUAUAUUUUUAAUGACAGUGCCUUUAAGCUGUAUAUUAUGGUGAUUGUCUCUUAUGUAACCACCUUCUUCAUAUAUCUACUUUAAUAAAUUUGUAUGCUUUCUGCAUAUAAUCUAGGCUCUCUAGAUGUUAGUGUGAAUGUCUGUGCCGCAUAAAUAAGAUGUCAAUAAAAUAAAUUAUUCACGACUGCAUAUUUUUGUGCUUUAUGAGAAUACAAAUAAGGCACAUUUCUUCUCAUAACCCACCAAGACCUUACAAGAAGCAGUGCUGAGACAGCAGGAGCUGUUGGAUUAUGGCUUCUAUCAAAACAGAGAAAUUCCAGUUUUGUCUUGUAAGUAAACACAUGCAAUAAGAGGUCUUAGGUCAGCAGAGGAGGAG